AUGAAAAAUGCUUAUCCGAAUAUAAAAAUAAAUGUUUUCUUUGAAAUUUUAUAUUAAAAAAAUUAAAAUAAAAUUUAGUUAGUCUUUCCUGUACAUACUUUAAUUAAGAAAGUUUAAAUAGAAUUAGCAAAAAAAUUAUCAUUUAAUCCUUUUAAAUUUUAAUGUAUUUUUAUGUCUGAAAAAUCUUCUUUGCCAAUGAAUGAAUGCUCGUCUUUAUAUUAAAAUGAUAUAUAAAAUAAUAAUCUAAUUUUUGUCAAAAUUAUUAAUAUUUAAACUAGAUAAUAAGCACCUAAUAUAAAUAAAUUAGAUACUCCUGAUUAUAAAAAUGCCACUUUAUUAGAUUUAGUUAGUUAAAGACCUUAUUAUAUGUAAACAGUAACUAAAGGUUUAAAUUUAAAUGCAAUUUGCACAAAUAAAAGAUGUAUUAAUUUUAAUAAAAAUACUAUUUUUUGUCUCGGAUUAGGAACAUUUGAUUAUUAAAAUAUUAUUAAAAAUACUGAGUGUCCAAAUUGUCCUGAUAAAAUGCUUUUUAGAAGUACAAAAUGCAUAGUAAAAGAUUUCGUUUUUUAAGAAUGUCUAUGGAGUUUAGAAGGUAUAAAAUAAGGAAAUUUAAUCUCAUUUGAAUUUAAAUAAGAAGAUUGGAUUUAAGUAAAUAGUUGUGAUUUAGUUAAUUUUAAGAAAGUCUUAUUAGAAAAUAAUUGGGGAAGUGUAAAAAUUAUUGUUAAAAAUAUAGGAAAAAACUAAUAGAAAUUACCUUAUUAUGCUUAAUGA